AUGCCGGAUAUUGCUGGAUACGGAUCUGGCGUCGGAAAACCUGUGGUAAAUGGAGUGGCAUCACAUCCUGGGAAUGGUAAUGGAGUAAAAGAUAAACGAACACUGAGAGAUGUUAUAUCUAAGAAACUUUCCCAACAGAGUGCUGGUGGUUCUACGAUCAAGCUUAUCGGUUUGAAUAUAACGAGCAUACCGGAUGCCGAUGUGGAAUUAUUGAGAAAUGUGGAAAGACUGUCACUUCGAAAGAACCUAUUGAUUCAUUUGCCAUCAAAUUUCUGUACCUUGACAGGUCUUAGGUACCUUGAUUUGGAUAAUAAUAUACUUCAAGAGAUACCACCGGUACUGAUGCAGUGUCCAAAGCUCGAGAUCCUUGAUCUCUCAUACAACAAUAUCGAAAUCUUACCGCAGGACGUAUCACCUCUAUGGUCACAGCAGCUCAAGGUACUUUCAUUGAAGAGUAAUAAUGUGAACUCGAUCUGGGGUUUAAGGUUUAUCGUGAAGUUCGAGAAUCUGCGAGUGUUGGAGAUUCUUGGGAAUCCAAUACCUAAUGAGGAGUUGGAAGCCGUACGUGCUCAUACACCAAUGACUCCAGACAUUGUGAAAGAAGAAUAUUGGGCUAUAGCCUUGCGAAGGUUCUUACAGGAUCAUCCAUCGCCUUCAGAGAACUCACAUGAUCCAAGAAUGUCAAAGGCAGCGAAACGUAUGGGCUUCAUCAACACCACUCCCCAAGCAAGCGCCGAGAUUACUUCUUCUGUCUCGCCAUCCCCGGUGGAUGCUGCGCAGACGAGUUCUGAAGCCGACGUAAGCUACACAACUACCGAAACAACGAACAACGAACUAUACAACCAUUCCAAGUUCAACGACUAUUUCAAGAGACUUUCGAUCUUGCCCGAAGAGUCGUCAAGUAAUGAGCAACUAAAGGUGUCGCAUGAUGAGUUCCUUGUGGCUUGUCGCAAAUUACUGUUCAGUUUUACAGAGUGUCAACAGAAUGUGAGAAAGAUCGCUUCUUUUUGUAAGGAGAAAGCAGUAGCAGUAAACGUUGUGUCGCUCCUAUACUCAGUAAGGUCCCACAUUGAUAAUCUUGUCGGGUUAUUGGAGCAGGCAGAGAGUGAAGAGAGAUCGCAUGACGCAGCACUGAUCAAAUUAUGCAUUACCAUCAUAACCAUUUUCAAGCAGAUAAUAAGCCAACUGCGAAAGAAUUUCAAAACUUUUUUCGAAGCAGAUGAUCUAUGCUUUAUUCGGAUGUUCUACAUGACACUGGUUUGUUCAUACACAGAGAUUUACAAUGCAUGGUGUUUCAUUGGUGCUGAGGAUGCCAGACUGUCAAGGAAGCGUCAGUUGAAUCGAGCACAUUCCGCAGUUAACCUGUCUGCUACAGCGUCCGCUGCUACAAACGGGCCAUCCACAGUUUACUUACCCAGGACAAGAAGCAACACUGUGCAAGCGAGGGCGGUGCCAAUGGCCAUGAACCUCAGUACUAUGGGCCCAUCAUCAAUAGACACUUCUCUCGGCACUGCUAACGGUCAUGGUUUUAAAUCUCCGCCGCCCACGAGCUCCCCUUCACAUUCGAUUGCUACUCAAGGCCCUGUUGCAGUAACACCUCCAUCUAAUGGCCCCAUUGCGCAUAACUUGUCGCAGCAAACCGUCGACUCUAAGCUCACCGACAGCUCUCCACGACAGGUACAUAGUCAUUCUCCCCGCCCUCAUAAAGCAAAUGAAAGUCAUGGAAUCAAUAAUCGUGAUGGAACUGAGGCGGAGACUGGUUCUCCGUCGUCCUCGGGCACCAAUAACGUUGAUACUCAAUUAUAUCAGACAUUGGGUACAGUUAUAGUCAUGGUGAAUGUUGUCUAUGAUCAACUCACUUCAGAAAUUUCCAAAGCGGCGAUGGCUAGUACUAUAGGUCAACAAGAACUAACUGACGCUCUUCUAUCCAAAAUUCGUGACCUGACCGAUACCUGUUGCCAGGCAAUGGAGCUAUCCAAGACUCUCAAUGAACGCCUGCAUUUAUUGACUGCAGAUGGAGAUAAUUCUGAGAAGUACUUGUCAACCGCUGGUAAAGCCAAGACAUGGGAAAACAUAAACGCGUUCUUGAAAUCUAUCAUUUCCAUUUUAGCCAAUACAAAACUCGUCAUGGCCGAUAUGCCUGCACUCAACGAGAUAAGGCCGAACCUUGCUUCGCUGGCUAAAAUUACAAAAGACGUGACAGUCAUUCUUGACCUGAGCUCUUAUAAAGGAGUUUCAGUCUUGGCUGCUCAAAAUCAGGCACAAGCUGCGUCACAAACUCAAACGCAGACUCAAAAUCAAUAUCAACCACAGCAUUCAGCGGGUGGCACGGAGGAAAGGGAUGAAAAGUUUUAUUCUUUCGUCACAACUCCUCAAUUGACUCCAGCCCACUCUCAUUCGACAAAUCCUUUUGAUGCUGCAUGA